AUGUCAUUCUUUGGGAAGUUCAAGCCCGGGUCCGCGCAGGCAUCGAACGCCGCACACGCAACAGCGGCGAAGAAAGAUCCGAAUGCGCCGCAACCAACGUCUCUAGAGAAGCACCUGGCAGAUGUGACGGGGCCGACCCGAUUAGACGGCAGUGACAAGUUCUUCGGUUUUGAGAACUACGGCUCUACAUGUUAUUGUAAUUCGAUAAUACAGUGUCUUUACUAUUCGGCGCCUUUCCGAGAACACGUGCUCAACUUCCCAUCCAAACCUUUCCUUGACAGCUUGGCCGACCGAGUCGCGGCCAAUGACCAACAUACCAAUGGCGGCCCAGUGCGACCACAGUCCUCUUCCACAACACCAUACCCUAACCUCGCCUCGCCUGCUCGGAAGCAAGCACCGCCCACAUCCCCCGGCGGCGCAAAGCCUGAAGAGAGCAAAGAUUCGCCGGAGUACAGGAAGAAGAUGGCACUCGCAGCCGGGCCAGUGCUGGAGAUGACACGCGACAACUCGCAGAAGUAUGGCAUGGACGAGUCGCUGUUCACUUCACUCAAGGACAUCUUCGAGGCCAUCCUGAACAAUCCGUCGCGCAUAGGUGUUGUGAGUCCGCACAAAUUUCUGGAGAUUCUGCGGCGAGAGAACGAGAUGUUCCGAUCUGCAAUGCACCAGGAUGCGCAUGAGUUCCUGAAUCUCCUACUCAACCAAGUCGUGGACAACGUGGAAUCAUUUUCAAGGCAGCAUCCUGCACUCACGCAGCAACCGCAUGCCAAUGGCGCUGCUCCAGAGAAAGGCUUAGCAGCUGCUAUGUCUGCUGCUGUCGCCAAUGCACACCGGCGCGGGAUACAGCAAGAUCAGGAUGCGCAUUGGGUGCACGACCUCUUCGAAGGGACCCUAACAUCCGAGACGCGAUGUCUGACGUGCGAGAACACAUCACAGCGAGAUGAGGCGUUCCUUGACCUUUCGGUCGACUUGAGCCCGCAUACGUCCGUGACUUCAUGCUUGCGAAAGUUCUCGGAAGAAGAAAUGCUUUGUGAGCGCAACAAAUUCCACUGCGACAACUGCGGUGGCCUGCAAGAAGCGGAGAAGAGGAUGAAGAUUAAACGAUUGCCGCGCAUUCUGGCCUUGCAUUUGAAGCGUUUCAAGUAUACCGAGGAUUUGCAGCGGUUGCAAAAGCUGUUUCACCGGGUGGUGUAUCCGUUCCAUUUGCGACUGUUCAACACAACCGAGGACGCCGAGGAUCCGGACCGGUUAUAUGAGCUGUAUGCCGUGGUCGUGCAUAUAGGCGGUGGACCUUACCAUGGGCAUUACGUGAGCAUCAUCAAGACGCAGGAUCGAGGGUGGCUGUUGUUUGAUGAUGAGCUGGUCGAGCCGGUAAGCAGAGACUAUGUGCUCAGCUUCUUCGGUGGAGACCCGGUGCCGGGUGUGCAGGAUGCGAGACAGCUUGCCUGCGCGUAUGUGCUCUUCUACCAAGAAACGACUUUAGAGGCCGUGCUCAAGGAGCAGGAAGCGGACGGCCACCUCGACCAAGUCAAUACCCGGGUUUCCGAUGCCGAGACGGCCAAGGACAGCAUGUCGCCCACCAAGGCCGAGCUCCUGCGGCAGACGCAGACAGUCGCAACACCCUUACACGAGGAGAUGGAAGACCUGGAGCCGGUCGCUCAUGCUCUCACCGCCCCUGACAUGGGCCACUCUCCCGCGCCACCCGUGCGUCCGCACUUCGAGCAUAUGCCCACAACCCCGGCCCUAUCUCCCAUCAUGCCCUCGAAGAGCAAGAAGGAGCUUAAGGCGGAGGCGAAACAGCGGAAAGUGGAGGAGAAGGAGAAAGAAAAGGCGGAACAGGCGCGAAGGAAGGAAGCGAGCGAGAAGCGCAUCGCGGCGUGGAAGAAGCAAGAUGAGGACUAUAAGCGCGUACUGGAAGAAAGCAAGCAGACGGCGGUGGAGGAGAUGAAGAAGCGAGGGGAGGAGCCUGCGCCUGCAAGCGCGGGCGAGAAGAGUGGAGCUGCUGCUGCGGGCGGGCUGGCGAGGUUUAGGCAUGGGAGUGUGAGUCUGAGAGGCAAGCCGAAGUUGUUUGGUAAGGACAAGGAGACGAAUGGAGGGGAGAAGACUCCUUCUGCGGCGGACGAUGCGACGACGGAAGAGAAGAAGAUGAAGAAUCGGUUUAGUCUGGGGAGGAAGAAGUCGCAGGGUUUGCCGUGA